UAGAGCUCUCUGCACACUAGCAGAGCACAUUAGGCAGUCGGAGGGCGAGGAAGCGGUUCAGGUUCUCCAUCAGCUCCUGAUGUAGUGAUGGUGUGCAGUGAGCCAGGAGCACACCGACCACACCGCCGCGUGAGCAUGAAAAGAUGCCGGGUAUCAGAGUCCUUCUCUACUUUGGCUUGGUGGCUUUACUGCCAGCCCUUUGCCAUCCUCUCACCUCCUGCAUACCGAUUGGAAGGACGGCUACAUGUAACAGCCUUGGACUGUCUUCUGUUCCCAGCAACCUGCCACAGCAAAUAGAAGAGCUGUUUUUAAACCAGAACAUUAUUUUUAAAUUACCGAAUGGAUGCCUCUCAAGAUAUCAGUCCCUUCACACCUUCAGCUGUGCAAACUGUUUAUUAAAUGAAUUGGGUGAUCAAGUGUUCUCCAGUUCACCUCUCAUAGAGAGCCUGAAUUUUGCCAACAACGAACUUCACAAGGACCACACGCAGUUAGUGCUGUCUCUUGGCUCUUUGACCAGGCUACGAAUUCUGGAUCUUUCUGGCAAUGGGCUCACAGAGGACAUGGUUUCUGAGCUCUUACAGAACCUCACAUCUCUUGAGUUUCUGGAUUUGUCCAGGAAUGUCCUACUGAGAUUGGACGAGUACACAUUUAGAGAUCUUUAUCAGCUCAAAGAACUGAAUCUAGAAAGAAAUAAUUUGUUUGAGAUUGAUACUGCAUUUGAUCACUUAAAAAAGCUCACACGGCUUAACUUGGCAUUCAAUUCUCUGCCAUGUCUCACGAAAUUUGAUAUGACUCAGUUGGUGGUACUAAAUGCCAGUCACAAUCUCAUCGAAUGGUUUAUCAGUAAUCAGGACCUCAAUGAAACCUUUGAGCUGGAGACGUUGGACUUGUCUGAUAACCAGCUCCUGUAUUUUCCAUUCCUUCCAAACAAUAAUCGCAUUAAAACACUCUUAUUACCCAAUAACCAAAUCCGCUUUCUCGGUGAUCUGUCAAAUAACACCUUUGUAAACUGGACCAGUAGUGUUGUGUUCUAUAACUUGGGUAAAAAUGCCAGCAAUGUUACAGCGGACCUUUGGAGUGAUGACCUUCAUGGGGAUGUAUCUUCUGUGGAAUUGCUGGAUCUCAGUGUUAACCAGUUGAGAUACUUCCCUCUGGGGUUUUUUCUGAAAAUGCCCCAUCUUCACUGGCUGAGGAUAAGGGGCAACUGCCUGGAAUCUCUGAAUUUAACAGAAGAUCUUCCUGUAUCUAUCUACGAGCUGGAUGUGAGCAACAACAGACUUGCUGAACUACAUGCACACUCCAGCUCAGUCAAUGAACUAAAUAAACUUUCACAUUUGAACCUGAGCUUAAACAACAUACAGAAGCUUCCCCCUGGAGUGUUCACUACUUUCCCCAGUCUCAGCAUUGUGGACCUAAGUUACAACACAGUGGGUUUGUGCCAUCCUGAAGAGCUACCAAAGACAGACUCUUCACGCUGUGCUCUAUGGACAAAUCUUUCCUCAUUAAAACAGCUCCACAUUGCAGGAUGUAGCAUAGCCAAUAUUCCACCACAUGCAUUUGAUGGCACGCCACUAACACACCUUGACCUGUCCAACAACCCACACCUGCAGAUUGGGCCAGACUGUUUAUCUGGUCUCACUGGGACGCUACAACAUCUAGGCCUGAGCAACACAGGUUUGCAGGACUUUAACUUUUCUCCAUUUCAACAGUUAAAAGUUUUAAACAUCUCUAAAAACUCAAUAUCGGAGAUUCCUAAAUCUCUAAUGACACUGAACUUGAAGCUCCUGGACUUGAGAGACAACAUGUUGUCCACUAUUAAAGUUGAACACGCUACUGUGCUAGCUAAACAAGUGCAGAUUGUUUAUGUAAAUGGAAAUUAUUACAACUGCUGCCAGUUAGAAUGGUACGAGACAUUUAAAGAGUCCAAAACGCUGCACGUUUCUGAUCUUUUAGAAGUUACGUGUGUAGACACACAGCAGCGGAGACUUAAAGCUGGUCUUUUUGAGUCCGGCCUGUGUGGGAGCAGAAGCACAGAGGAAUCAAUUUUCUGGUACAUUUUUCUAUUUGUUUCUGUUGGUGUAUCCAUGGUGGGGAUCUCUGUCAUUUAUUUCCUGACUUUCAGACCAAGACUACUGCCACGUGUAAUUAAAAAGAAAUGUUGGAAGCCCACAACUUAUUAAAAAACACAACCAGCAAGCUGGUCAAUUAAAUCUACACACGCAGACUGAUUUUAUUUAUUGUAUUUUUUUUUUAAAUAAACAAGUGUCUUGUUUUACCAAAAAAGGAUACAGACGGCCAGGUUUGUGUAGAGGCUCUUAACGUGUUUUUGUGCAAAACCCUGACAAAAACAAAGUGCAUUAAGGUCAGAUUACAUUUAGGUUAGAAAUUAAAUGAAAUGAUCACAGACUAUAUGUUGGAAAAUGUUACAAAACAUUACAUAAAAGCACUUAUUUUUUGAAGAAAAAAAACAACAUCAACAGGUGAAAAAACGUUGGAAUAAUUUAAUAAUCAUUCAGAGAGGCAAGUUAUUUUGUGCCACAUAGAACUAAAUUAAACAGGUAUAUUGCCAUUAUUUAUUUUUACUACAUUUGCAAUAAUUUUCAGGAGAUGUAUUUUGGUUUUUAGUGGUUUUAUGAUUUGUUGUUUAGAUGUGAUUACCCCACAUAAUUAAUCCCUUGUGGGAUUAAUUCUAUAAUUGUGUACAUUUGACAAUGUUUUUUUUUUUCAAAUACAUAUAUUUUUUCUAAAUACCCUACUGUAGUCUAGGGUCAGACCCUGUUUAGUAUUUAAAGCCCCUGUUCUUUGUAAUUAAAAUGUUGAAAAAGUAAUAAAAGAAGGCAAGUAAGUAAUUGAAAUUAGAGACCGAGAAUAAAAAGUUAAAAAGAGACAAAAGCUUAAAGCUUCAGUAAGAGAGUAGCUAUGUGUGUGUGUGUGUGUGUGUGUAUAUAUAUAUAUAUAUAUAUAUAUAUAUAUAUAUAUAUAUAUAUAGUUCUCUUUUACUGAAGCUUAAGCUUUUGUCUUUCAUAUAAUAACAAGGUUGUGGAUGUACUUUUAUUGCAUUAUUUUCAAUAUCAAAUGAUGUCUAAAUAUUAUUUCAUUUAAUGCAUGUACAUUACCUGAGAUAACAAUAUGUAUAUUAAAUGUAAAUACGUA